ACAGGACCACCUCCCUCCUUUUCACCGCCACCCCCGCCAGGCCGUGCCUACGACACCGUGCGAUCCAGCUUCAAGCCCGGGCUGGAGGCCCGGCUGGGAGGGGCGGGACCGCCUGGGCUCUAUGCCCCCGGCCUAGGCGCUCACGGGCCUCUCCCUUACCCUGAGCGCCAGAAGCGGGCUCGGUCCAUGAUCAUCUUGCAGGACUCGCCCCACGAACCAGCCGUGGCCGAGAGCAGCCGGCCUCCCCCUGCAGCCACGCCACCCGAGCGACUGAGGCGGAAGGCGCGAGUGCCCGGCAGCCAAGACAGCCCAUACGCCAACCUGGGCGCCUUCAGUGCCAGUCUCUUUGCCCCGUCCAAGCCCCAGCGCAGGAAGAGCCCCCUGGUGAAGCAGCUGCAGGUGGAGGAAGCGCAAGAUCGGGCUGCCCUGGCUGUGGGGGGCAGCGGCAGCAGCUUUCCCCGGGAGCCCUCGCCCACCCGCCGGGGGCACCGGCUGGGGGGGCUUGACUACCCGCCGGGGGAGCCGCCUGGCCUUCCAUUCGCCGGUGCCGGCCCGGGCAAGGAACGAGACCGCCGGCUGGAUGAGAGGCGCCGCUCCACCGUCUUCCUCUCCGUGGGGGCCAUCGAGGGCAGCCCGCCCACCGCAGACCUGCCAUCCCUGCAGCCUUCCCGAUCCAUCGACGAGCGCCUCCUUGGCAGUGGUCGGGACCUGCUCUUACCCUCGCCCGUCUCCGCUCUCAAGCCAUUGGUCAGCAGCCCCAGCCCCCCUGUGGGCUCCACCUUCAUCCACCCACUCACCGGCAAGCCCCUGGACCCCAGCUCGCCCUUAGCCCUCGCCCUGGCCGCCCGGGAGCGGGCCCUGGCUUCCCAGGUGCCCUCGAGAUCCCCGACCCCCGUUCACAGCCCAGACACGGACCGGCCAGCCCCGCUCUUUGUGGAUAUCCAGAGCAGAGAGCCAGAACGCAGCAGCCUGGCUUCCCCGACCCCUGCCUUUUCCCCUCGGGGCCCCGCCUGGGGGCCCCUCCCUGCCCGCCGAGAGGUCGAGAAGUCCCCACGGGAGGAGAGGAAGACGCCAGAAGACAAGAAGUCCAUGAUCCUCAGCGUCCUGGACACGUCGCUCCAGCGCCCCGCCGGCCUCAUCGUGGUCCAUGCCACGGGCAACGGGCAGGGCCCUGGCGAGCUGGAGGCCGAGGAGAGUACACCGGACACCCCCGAGCUGAGCCAGGCCCCUCCUCCGGCCGCUGCCCCAGCGGCCGCUCCAGGGGCCCUGCCCAGCCCCCGGGCCCAGCCCCCAACCAGUCCCCCGGCCGCCGCCACUGACACGGUGCUGGGCCAGGGCAGCUCGGAGGAAGAGCCCGACGUGGUGUUCGCGGUGACGUUGCCCCCCGCGCAGCUGUCGUCCAGCGAUGAGGAGACCCGGGAAGAGCUGGCCAGGAUCGGGCUGGUGCCGCCCCCAGACGAGUUCGCCAACGGCCUCCUGGUGACCACGCCCCCCCCGGGCCCCGGGCCGGCCCCUUCUCCCAUGGCCUCACCCAGCCCAGCCUCAGGGAAGCCCAGCAGUGACGCGCCCCCCGCUCCGGAGUCAGCCGCGGAUUCUGGUGUGGAGGAGGUGGACACGCGCAGCUCCAGCGACCCUCACCUGGAGACCACAAGCACCAUCUCCACCGUGUCCAGCAUGUCCACGUUGAGCUCCGAGAGCGGCGAGCCCACGGACACGCACACCUCCUUCGCUGACGGACACACUUUUGUACUCGAGAAGCCGCCUGUGCCUCCGAAACCGAAACUCAAGUCCCCGCUCGGGAAGGGGCCCGUGACCUUCAGGGACCCCUUGCUCAAGCAGUCCUCGGACAGCGAGCUCAUCGCCGCCGCCUCCGCCGGGCUGGCCUCCGGAGCUGGGCCUGCCCGCCCUCGCUACCUCUUCCAGAGAAGGUCUAAGCUGUGGGGGGACCCGGUGGAGAGCCGGGGACUCCCAGGCCCCGAAGACGACAAACCGACUGUGAUCACCGAGCUGAGCUCCCGACUGCAACAGCUCAACAAAGACACCCGUUCCCUAGGGGAGGAGCCCGUGGGAGGCCUGGGGGGCCUGCUCGAUCCCAUCAAGAAGUCGCCUGCUGUGGCUGCACGGUGA